AUGUGCGUGAGGAGUCUGGAACUGGGGCUCCCAGGAAGAGGAUGCUGCCUAGUACUGGGGUUCAUGUACAAGGAGAAGUACCGCAGGAUGACUGAAGGUCAAGCCUCUUCCUUCACGCAGCAGCCGCAGGACCAGGUGGUGAUAGCGGGGCAGCCCGUGACCCUGCUCUGUGCCAUCCCCGAGUAUAAUGGCAUCGUGCUGUGGAUUAAAGAUGGGCUCGCCCUCGGAGUCGGACGGGAUCUCUCAAGUUAUCCACGUUACCUGGUUGUAGGAGACCAUCUGUCUGGAGAGCAUCACCUGAAAAUCUUGAGAGCUGAUCUCCAAGAUGACGCCGUCUACGAAUGUCAGGCCAUUCAAGCAGCCAUCCGAUCCAGACCUGCCCGGCUGACUGUUCUCGUUCCUCCAGAUGAUCCAGUCAUUAUGGGGGGACCGGUCAUUAGCCUGAGAGCAGGAGACCCCCUGAACUUGACCUGCCACGCGGACAACGCCAAGCCAGCAGCCUCCAUCAUCUGGAUGCGGAAAGGAGAAGUCAUCAACGGAGCCACCUACUCCAAGACACUUCUCCGUGACGGCAAGAGGGAGAGUAUCAUGAGCACGCUUUUCAUCGCCCCCUCAGACAUUGAGAACGGGGAGAGCAUCGUCUGCAGGGCCACCAACAAAGCCAUUCCCAGCGGGAAGGAGACUUCCGUCACCAUUGAUAUCCAGCACCCACCACUGGUGAACUUAUCCGUGGAGCCGCAGCCGGUGCUAGAGGAUAACACUGUCAAAUUCCACUGCUCCGCCAAGGCGAACCCUGCCGUCACCCAGUACAGGUGGGCAAAAAAAGGCCAGGUAAUAAAGGAAGCAUCCGGGGACUUCUAUGAAACCAUUGUGGACCACACCUUCUUCUUUGAGCCAGUCUCCUGCGAGGUUACCAACGCACUGGGCAGCACAAACAUCAGCAGGACCGUGGACGUCUAUUUUGGACCCAGGAUGGCAACAGAACCUCAGUCCCUCCUCGUUGACCUGGGCUCGGACGCAGUCUUCAACUGUGCCUGGACUGGGAACCCCUCUCUCACCAUUGUCUGGAUGAAGCGAGGCUCAGGCGUGGUCCUGAGCAACGAGAACAAGCUGACACUGAAGUCCGUCCGCCAGGAAGAUGCUGGGAAAUAUGUGUGCCGAGCAGUGGUCCCGCGGGUUGGCGCGGGUGAACGCGAGGUUACGCUGACUGUCAACGGGCCGCCCAUCAUCUCCAGCACACAGACGCAGCAUGCCCUGCACGGCCAGAAAGGGCAGAUCAAGUGCUUCAUCCGCAGCACCCCUCCGCCUGACCGAAUUGCCUGGUCCUGGAAGGAGAACGUCCUUGAGUCUGGGACCUCUGGGCGCUACACGGUGGAGACGGUCAGCACGGACGAGGGCGUCAUCUCUACGCUGACCAUCAGCAACAUUGUCCGGGCCGAUUUCCAAACUAUUUACAACUGCACUGCCUGGAACAGCUUUGGCUCAGACACAGAGAUCAUCCGGCUCAAAGAGCAAGGUACGGAAAUGAAAUCAGGAGCUGGUAUGCAAGCAGAGUCGGUGCCGAUGGCGGCCGUGGGCGCCGGCGUGGCGUUCCUGGUGCUGAUGGCCACCAUCGUCGCCUUCUGCUGCGCCCGCUCCCAGAGAAAUCUGAAAGGUGUGGUUUCCGCCAAGAACGAUAUCCGCGUGGAGAUAGUACACAAGGAGCCGGCCUCAGGCAGAGAGACAGAAGAACAUCCAACUAUCAAGCAGCUGAUGAAGGGCAGAGGAGGCUGGGCUUGCACUUUGGCCCGCGCUGCUGACAGGAAGGGGAAUAAGGAGCUGUCUCUCCGUGGGACCCCCGUGCUGCCAUCUGUGUAGCCAGCAGUCAACAGAGCCAAGCCCCGCCAGGGCUGUCAGAGAGGAAUCGGCAUCCCAAGGAGGGGUUGGGCUUUUGCCCAAGUGCUGUUCAACACCUCCACCAACAAGUUGGAAGCAAAUCUAAAGCCACAGCAGAGCAGACAUUCGCGUGACCUUUACCGCCGCUGAGCGGU